GUUCCUUGGGCCCCUGCUUUGCCCUAGCCAGAGACGGAGCGGUGGUGCUGUUCCAGAAUGCUCUAGAACCCCAAACCCCGGCUGUUCCGGAACAGUCUAGAACCUCCGGGCAAAGGGUUGGAUCCAGGAUCGAAGCAUUCCAGGCCUUCCCAGCCUACAUGGGGCCAGCCUCCCUGUGCCACCCGCUAGCGGGCCUCAUGUGGACGCUGGCACUAGGUGGGGUCUUCCUGGCAACCGCCCAGGCCUGUGUCCUCUGUCACCUCUCAGACCGUGACCUGUCGGGCCGCCUGGCUCGACUCUGCAACCAGGUGAAGGCUCGGUGGGAGACCUGUGAGGCCUCCUGGACCUUCCCGGCCUUUGCCUUAGAUGAGGUGUCCACGAACAAAGUCAUAGAGAAGACUCACAGAGUCCUGAGGGUCAUGGAGAUCAAAGGGUCUCCCUCCUCACUCCCUUUAUAUUGGCAAUGGCUGCAAAAGGUCAAGUUUCCCGAGUACACCAGGGAAGCUUUCUGUGCUCCCGCCUGCCGGGGCAGCACCGUCCUGUACAACUGUUCCACCUGCCAGAGCUUUGCCGUGCACUGCUGGCCUCUAAGGCGCUGCCUCCCAGGAAGUCACGAUCUUCGGGAAGCCAGGAUUCUGCUCCUCUCUGUGUUCAUAACUGUCCUGCUCCUGGGCGUUCUGAGCCUCGUGGUGGAGUCCAGACACUUCAAAGCAAAAAGCGACAUGUGAAGACAGCCUCCCAGCCCCCACGUCCUUUGGAAGGGACCCGCCAGCCCCUCACUUCCAAUCCCAAAGGCUCAGCCUUCCAGACCCUAAACCCAGCCGCCUCCGUGAUCCCAGUGUCAGAUGGCCUCCAGGGGCCCAGGCACCCACAGCUGGAAAGUUCCUCCCCUCCGGCCCUCAACUAAUCAGCCAGAAGCAGUCACUGAUUCCAGGAAAAUGGCUACAGGAGGAAAGAACCCCCUCCACACACACACACACACACACACACACACACACCCCGCCGCCCCCACACCCCCUUCUGCCUGUUCUCGGAAAGCGGGGGCUGUUUGCCCCAGAAGCUGCUCUUGGCCCUCCUCUGACUGAUUGGGAAUCCGGGAACGAGGGUUCUGGAAAGCUCCCUCCCUUUGGAGUGGCGACCACAUCAGUCAGCCUGCUGGCAUGCUAUCCCUCCAUUUAACAUUGUGAAGCCUUGGCCUCCCACAGAGGCCUCCCUCCUGCCAAGAUCAAGUAAACCUGCUUUUCGGUGGCC